AUGAGCCCAAACGAAAACAUCACGCACGUCAACUCCAGCGGCUCCAACUACCGCGAGUGGUCGAACUCUGUGACUGAGAAACUCAAUCAAAAACGACUGGGCAAAUACCUCAAGGAUCCCUUGGAGCCAGACCGCUCCACGUACGCCCACGGCUUCGCCGAGGAAGACGACCUAGUGGCACGGUCAUACAUAAAACUAACUAUUCACCAGGACCAACUCAAGUACGUCAGCAAGACGCAGACGACAUACGAUACCUGGCAGGCGCUCGAGGAGAUCCACGAAAGAGCCUCCGCAACUGACCUACUCACACUGAUGACGGAGAUAAGCAACCUACGCUGGACAAGUGACAAAGCCUUUGAUGACUUCACGGAUAAGUACUGCGAGCUCGCCCGCAAGCUCGAAACUGCCGGUGACUUGAUCCCAGAGUCCGCCUAUGCCACGAAACUCUUGGUACUGAUGCCCGAGCAAUUCCACAACACAGUGCUGCACAUCAACCGCAACCACUCGACCCAGCCCAAGUACAAGACCCUACCUGAAGCAACUGAAGAAAACACCUGUUUCUACUGCACGAAGCCAGGUCAUGUUGCACGUCACUGCCGCCGCAAGACUGACUGCACGAAGCCAGGUCAUGUUGCACGUCACUGCCGCCGCAAGAGGCGAUAUGGAACGUGGAAUCUACCCGCGGGGGUCGAGUGGGUCGCGGCGGACGCGGCAGGGGCAACAACCGACAAGAUCACACCAACAAUGCCGCAGAAGACAUCUUCUUCCUAA